AUGUAAUGUCAGUGUCACAGAGUACUUUACUAUCAAUAUUUGUUUUUAUCGUCGGGGCAGGCAGCAUGACAUUUUCCAUUAUUUCUUUCUUUUUCACUACGUAGGUAGGUAGUCGUCAGGUCAGGUUGUUUAUAUUCAUUUCAUUGUAGGUAGGUAAAUGAUUUUUUUAGAAACUUUAGAAUAUUUUCUAGUUUAGUUUCUACUCUAUUGAUUUUACAUUCUGUGUGUGCUUAAACAACGGGCUAAACCUAUCCUAUAAACAUAAAAAUUUGGUGAAUCAUGACCUCCGACGCUGAAGAUAAUUCAUUACGAUUUCGUAGAGCUCAAAGUGUUACAAGAGCAGAAGAAAUAACCGAGCAGGAGAAAAGAGUCAGAAAACUACAAUUAGACAAACCGGUGCACAAACCUCGAGAUUCCCUAUUCACAUGGAGCUCAGAAUUUGCAGAUUUCACUGGUUUGGUCAAUUGGGGCUUCCUCAUGCUCACUAUAGGAGGUGUCCGUCUGUUUCUUGAAAACUUGCUAAAAUAUGGUUUCCGUGUUAAUCCUAUAGAGUGGAUCAUAGUAUUGACUGGAUACAAUGAGGGUGAUAAUCGUCACUACCCCUCAGUUGUACUGUUGAUCUUUUCUGUGGUUCCUGCUGUCGUCAGUCUUCUAAUUGAAAAGGGUAUUGCAGUGGGCAUACUUUCAGAAAACAUUGGCCAGACCUUGCAAAUGUCAAACAUACUAUUUGUUAUUACUCUGCCUGUUGCUGUUCUGCAUUUCAAAGGAACAGAAUUCAGUUUUGUUGGUGCAACAACAGUGUGCUUCAUAUAUCUAAUUCUGUUUCUGAAGCUUUGGAGCUAUGCCCAGACUAAUCACUGGUGUCGUAAUGGAGCCAAAGGAAAAAAAUCCAAUAAUAAAUUACGAAGACAGAGUCUAUCAGCACCCAACUGGAAUAAAUUAAAUAGCGCUGAACACGAGCAAACUGAAGAGGAGAAAAGUGACAAUGCUGCGGCGGCGGGCCUGGUGAAGUACCCCGACAACCUCAAGCUCAGGGAUCUGUUCUACUUCCUGCUGGCCCCUACUCUAUGUUACGAACUGAACUUCCCCCGCACUGCACGUAUCAGGAAGCGGUUCCUGUUGAAGAGACUGGUGGAGGUGGUGUUCGGGGUCAACCUCAUAAUGGCGCUGUUCCAGCAAUGGAUGAUCCCGUCUGUAACCAACUCUGUGGAUCCCUUCUCCCGGAUGGAGCCCAUUAAGAUUACCGAGAGAUUGCUUAAACUUGCAGUGCCUAACCACUUAAUAUGGCUGUGCUUCUUCUACCUUACGUUCCACUCAUUCCUGAACCUGAUGGGGGAGCUGCUGCAGUUUGCAGACCGCAAGUUCUACGGGGACUGGUGGAACGCGAACAACAUAUCUGUAUUUUGGAGCAGUUGGAAUUUGCCCGUGCACAUGUGGGCCGUCCGCCAUGUCUACAUCCCUAUUACUGUGAAGGGCUACAGCAAAUUCGUCGCUGGUUUGGUCGUCUUCGCUAUAUCGGCGUUGUUUCACGAGUAUUUGGUGAGCGUGCCGCUGCAGAUGUUCCGCAUCUGGGCGUUCCUGGGCAUGAUGGCGCAGCCGCCGCUGGGCGUGCUGUCGCGCGCGGCGCAGCGUCGCCUCGGCGCGCGCUGGGGCAACCUCAUCGUGUGGAGCGCGCUCAUCCUCGGCCAGCCGCUCGCCCUCAUGAUGUACUACCACGACUACGCGCUCGCGCAUCUCGCGCCCGCACCCUGAUGCCUACAUCACAUCUUUAGUAUGAUUCAUGAAAUAUAAUUAUAUAAGCAUUUGUGUUGCUAUAAACAUAUAUGGAAACCGACAACUUCACGUGCACAGAUUUACAGGUUUUUUUAUAAUAUUUUAUUGAAGCUGAAAAUUAUACCCUCGGAACAAUCUGAGUUGACAUUUUGUAGAACUGAUUUAUUUCUGAUUCUAUGAAGCUAACACGAAUUUUUGCGAGUAUCCCUAUCAAUAAAAUGUAUAUGGAUAUGCAGAUUACAGCGUCUUUAUCUCGUAAAAGAAACAUUUUCCAUAUAAAUUUUGACUUUAUUGAUACGAUUGCGUUUUUGCAAACAUUCGUGUUAGUCCCACAGGCAUGAGAUUGUAAAUUAAAUGUACCGGCACAACAAAUUUUUAAUGCGAUGUCUUGAGGACAAAUAUAGUGAUAUAUUACCUUAUUUCUAAUAAUCAUUAGUUAUGUUCAGAUUUAACAGUUAUAAACUGAAAGCUGGCUUUAUUUUUAUUAUUUACAUAGUAGAAAUAUACCACGGCCAGUUCUUGUGGCUCAUUCAAUGUUUUUUUACACUUGUUGAUAAUUCACUAUUUAAUCCUCUUUAAUGAGAUUUAAGAGGCUACAAAUUUAUUUACCCCCUUUUAAAAUAGCUGUAUUCCAGAAUAAAUUUGACUAGUCUAUAUUUACCGAAGUACAAUUUAAAAAAAAUGUAAUAAACGUGCCAAAAAUAGGUUUUAAGUAUUAAACUUACUAUUUUUCGUAUUAAAAAUUAUUUCAAAACAUUCUUUCUCUAGUAUGGCAGUAGGUGAUGGGUUCCGAACAAUUUAUAAUGCAUUUUUAUUUUUGGUAUAUUAAUAUAACAGGGUUAUUUAUUUUUCUAAUAAAAUUUGUCAAUUAUAUUAACAUGUUAUUUAAUAUUUAUUUAAGACUGAAUGUGCCUUUAUGAUUGUUAUUGUGAUAUUUUAUACAUAUUACGAGCGUUGAAUUGAAUGAAUACCAUGUUAUGUCAAUGUUGUUAAAAUAAUCAGAAUUAAUAAUGUAAGAAAUAAUAGUAUAAACAUUCUUUUAUAUCUAGACAUUAAGAAAAAUGCCGGCAAAUUAUACGCAAAAUAAUUUUUUAGAUUAAUGUUAUAACAAAUUUUAUUAAAAAUCACAAUUUUUUAUUUUUGUACUUCUUCAAUACAAAUAAAUGAUAUUUUUUUAUAUUGUUUGUAUAUAUUGUUAUAUAUACAUACACGUUAGUAUUAUUCAUAUUUUAUAUAAUUCAAAAGAACUGGAAUAUUUA